GAGAAAGAGAAACAGACAGACAGAUAGACAGAGAGAGAGUGAGGUCAAACAAACUGUCAUCAGGAUCCUAAUGCAGAAGACACAGCUGUAUUUCUUCUUUUUAUGACAUUACACUAGCAAGUCAAAUGUUUGGAUCUAGAAGUCAAAGACUAAAUAAUAAGGUGGAGAUGAUAGAUGAAGGGUCGCUAGGCUGGUGCGGCACGGUGCCGGUCGCAUGAAGGUUGGCAUUAGCUGGAAGUAUGCAGCAGGAACGGAACAUCCGGAUCAUCGAAUGGGAAGACCUGGACAAGAGGAAGUUCUACUCCCUCGGCGUGUUCAUGACGUUAACCACACGUGCCACCGUCUACCCCUUCACUCUGAUUCGAACCCGGCUGCAGGUCCAGAAGGGGAAGUCACUCUAUACUGGCACAUUUGAUGCCUUCUGUAAGAUCUUUAAAGCUGAAGGUAUGCGGGGACUGUACCGGGGCUUCAUGAUUAACACCUUCACGCUGAUCUCAGGUCAAGCCUACAUCACCACCUAUGAGCUGGUUAGGAAGUACGUCUCUCAGUAUUCUUCCAAUAACACAGUCAAGUCACUGGUGGCUGGUGGCUCAGCCUCACUGGUGGCUCAGAGCAUCACCGUGCCCAUUGACGUGGUCUCCCAGCAACUCAUGAUGCAAGGCCAGGGGGAACAUCUCACACGCUUUAAGCUCAAGUCCAAGAAGGCUGUGACCACAUCUAAGCACAGGUUGACUUUUGGCCAGACCCGGGACAUUACCGUGCAGAUUUUCGCUGCAGACGGUUUUCGGGGGUUUUACCGUGGCUAUGUGGCGUCUCUUCUCACCUACAUUCCUAACAGCGCUGUGUGGUGGCCUUUCUAUCACCUUUAUGCAGAGCAGCUGUCUCGACUGGCUCCGUCCAACUGCCCUCACCUCCUCUUGCAGGCUGUGGCCGGGCCCAUGGCUGCUGCCACCGCCUCCACCCUCACCAACCCCAUGGACGUAGUGAGGGCCAGAGUGCAGGUGGAAGGGCGUUUGUCAGUGAUUGAAACGUUUAAGCAGCUCAUUGCGGAGGAGGGCAUGUGGGGUCUAACCAAGGGUCUGUCUGCUCGCAUCAUCUCCUCCAUGCCCACCUCCAUCCUCAUCGUCAUCGGCUACGAGACGCUGAAGAGGCUGAGCCUGCGGCCUGAGCUCGUCCACACCAGACACUGGUGAAAAGCAGGAAGUGGCUCAGGAAGCGCGCGCACACACAGACACACACACAGACACACACACACACACACACACACACGAACCCACUCAGUGUGGGCCUUUUUAUUGUUUGACAUACUAAGGAUGAGAGAGAUUUGGAAGAGGACCAGACGGUAUAGUAUGUACAGUAUCUUUUAUAAAAGAUCACACCGUUUCAGAAAAGUAUUUUAUGAGCUACUAUAUAUUUCAUGUUUGACACCAAAACUGUCAAGAAACUAACGCAAAUCAAAUCACAACACACACCCAGAUGAGAGUUCUGUAAUAUUACAGGCUGAAUUAGGCCUCAUCUGUGUAAAGCAGACACAUGGAACAGCUUUAUAAAGGCCUAGAUGAAAGUUUCAGCCUCUGUUAGAGACACGUUUGUAGAAUGAAUUGUUUAUCAGAUCAGAUUCGGAUUUCCAAAUGCAAAUAUGGGCUCAUGUCGACCUGAAUAUAUGAGCAUUCAUGAUGUUACGUGAUAAGAACACCAAGCCUGGACCGAUAACAUCUACAUCUAACUGAACUCGGAAUACAGCGAUCUACUUUCGUUUUCAAGAACCGUCUGAGAUUUCUACAGUAUUUACACUUUAAGCGUGUUGUAGUUUAUCUUUAUUUUUAUGUGAACACGCUUUCAUAGUGAAUUAAUUAUACAGGUGUUUCAUGGGAACGUGUGUAAUCCCUGAGAUUUGUGUGAACUUUUUUAAACACUCUCGUCGUUAUCUGUAGAUGACUGGGACUGCGGUGAGUCAUGUAUGUAUGUAAAGAUGAAUAUGUGGUGAAACAGUUAACGCGGUCUCCUUCACUUUGUUUUAUCUACUCACAAGGACCUUUUUCCCCCUGGUGCAACUUGUACUGUAGGAUGUGGCCAAGGUGUAGGACUUAUUUUAUAAACAUAUUCAGACAUUUCUGUAGGUCAGAUAAACUGUUUCCUUGUACGCUGCUUAAAUGUUAAAAAAAAAAAAAACAGAGCGAGAGAAAGAGAGAUAUUAAACAAACAGCGGCUUAUUACCACAAACGUAUUGUGAUAUGGCACAAUGUGUUUUGAAGAGCAGAAUCCUUAUCCUGAAGCAUGGUAGUGGCAGCAUUAGUCUUUAGUGCUGCUUUUCUUAAGCCAGAACUGGGGUGAAGGGAAUCAUGGACAGCUACAAAUACCAGUCAGGUUAAAAGCAGAACGUUCAUGUGUCUGCUAAGAUGAAAAAAGCAAUUUCAGCUUGUCAGUGACAACACUUAUGUGUAGUACAAGACAGAAAUCACAGAACCAGAAGACAGUUUCUGAGUGAGCUCGAGUGGGCCGUGGUCAGGAGACGGCCGUACGGUUUGAUAGAUUUGGAAUGUUAUUGUGAGAAAGAGCAGAAAAAUACGGACUGUUCCCCAGAAAGUCUGAGUGAAUUUAAUAAAAUUAAAAAGGUGCUUCAAACAAAGUGUCAGUUUAAGAGUAUGAACCAUUGCGGCAUAUGAACCAUAUGAAUCUUCUUGUACAUGAGCCGAACAGACCUUGAUGUGGAAGACACAGAAAAUACACAGCUAAAGAGGUUACAGAAAACAGGAGAUUUAGAACCCUGAAUAAGUCACAGGUUUUUAGUUGUGUGGGCGCUCAGCAGAGGGUAUGAAAGACAACGUUAAAGAAGUAUUUAUAAAAAAAAAAUUAUUUUAUUAACUGGAGAAUGCUGU